AUGGCCUACAACACAAACACCACAGAGCAGGCUCCCAUUACAUUCACAGUCGACCAGUAUGCUGAACUCUACGCUACUCAGUUGGGCAUUUUACAGGAGAUGGGUUUCUGUGACUCUGAAACUAAUAUUGAGGCCUUGAAACAAGCAAACGGGAAUGUAAAUAUGGCGGUGGACUUGUUAUCUAACUGGUCGAGAUAA